AUGUGGAGCGGUUUCGAUCGUGGCAGUUCUCGUGGCGUCGAUAUACAAAGCACCACGAAUAAUGCCGGCAAUAGUCAACAGGAGACUUUGGCUGAAAUCGAACACAUAUCAACGAUUGCCGGCUCGCUGGUAUCUAUAGCUUCCAUAUCACAUACACACACACAAGUACGUUAUCAAUGUACCAACGAUGCCGGUUAUGAGACUGAACAUACAUCGCUCAAUUCGGAUUUUGAUGAGGCGGAACUGCGUAGGGAAUUAUUGCGGGAUAAAUGGAAAUUACUAUUCGAUAUGUUUGAUCCCGAAGGUUUCGGCGAGAUACACGUUGAUGAUUUUAUAAAAGCAUUAAAAUCGCCCGAAUUCUUAUCACAAGUGCCUAUGAAUAAACGUGAAUUGUUGCAUGAGCGUGCGAAAAAGGCGCGCCUGCCAACUGGACCUGGAUAUGUUACUUUUCAAGACUUUGUUAAUGUGAGAAAGAAGUCGAAUAGAAUGCAUAGAUUCAUGAGUUGA